AAGCACGAUAAACCUCUGGAGCUGUUCUGUAAGACCGACCAGACAUUUGUCUGCAUGCUUUGCACCGUUUUAGACCACAAGAUGCAUGAUGUUGUUCCUCUGAAAGAAGAAUGUGAAGGAAAGAAGGUCGAGCUGAAGAAGACAGAGGCUGAAAUUCAGCAGAUGAUCCAGAAGAGACGACUGAAGAUUCAGGAGAUCAGACACUCAGUCGACCUCAGUGAGGAAGAUGCAGACAGAGAGAAAGCAAAAGGUGUUCAGGUCUUCACUCAUCUGAAGGAGUCUGUUGAGAGAAGAUUGACUGAGCUCAUUGACACGAUCGAAGAGAAGCAGAAAACAACAAAGAAACAGGCUGAAGACUCCAUCAAAGAGCUGGAACAGGAAAUCUCUGAGCUGAUGAAGAGAAGCACUGAGGUGGUUCAGCUCUCACUCUCUGAAGACCACCUCCAUCUUCUCCAGAGUGACCAGUCCUCAAACAUCCACCACCCACCACCCACCAAGGACUGGACAAAGGUCAACAUCCGCCAAUCAUAUGAGGGGACUGUGAUGAGAGCUGUGGUUCAGCUGGAGGAGACGCUCAGUAAAAAGAUGAAGAAGCUGGUUAAAGCUGAGCUGAAGAGGGUCCAGAAGUUUGCAGUGGAUGUGACUCUUGAUCCUGAUACAGCAAAUCCUGAACUCAUCUUGUCUGAUGAUGGGAAACAAGUGAAACAUGGUGACGUGACAAAGAAACUCCCAAACAACCCAGAGAGAUUUUCUCUCGAACCCUGUGUCUUAGGAAAGCAGAGUUUCUCUUCUGGCAGAUUUUACUUUGAGGUUCAAGUUAAAGGAAAGACUGAGUGGGAUUUAGGAGUGGCCAGAGAGUCGAUCAACAGGAAAGAAGACAUCUCACUGAGUCCUCAGAAUGGUUACUGGACUGUAUGGUUGAGAAAUGGAAAUGAGUACAAAGCUCUUGCUCAGUGCCAUUUCAGUCUCUCUCUGAAGUCUCAGCCUCAGAAGGUGGGGGUGUUUGUGGAUUAUGAGGAGGGUCUGGUCUCCUUCUAUGACGUAGAUGCUGCAGCUCUUAUCUACUCCUUCACUGGCUGCUCCUUCAAAGAGAAACUCCUUCCAUACUUUAGUCCCUGUCAUAAUGAUGGUGGUAAAAACUCUGCACCUCUGAUCAUCUCUCCUGUCAGAGUAAACUAAUCACUUAUCUUAUUUCAUGUUCUGCAUUUAGUUUUACUUCAAGGAAGCAAAUGUGCAUAUCUUAUUUCCUACAGAAUCUGUUUACUGUGGUGAUUGAUUUACACGUCAUUAUUGUAUUAUGUGUAUCCCACUACAGUAGUAGCACAUUCAUCUCUUCUAGUAAGAUGAAUUAUGAGUCAAAGAAAUCUGUGAUUGUUAAAUAAAAACUGUGGAAUAAACUAAACGUUUAACACAAAGCCUGAGUAAGCAGUGAGUUGAGCACUAAACACCAAACAGAAGAGAUAUUUCAUGACGUAUACUUUGUGUUUGCUGUGAAUCAAUUCACUAACAAUGAAAACUACUAAAUACAGGCUGCCCAAAUACAGCAAAAACCAUGGAUCACCAUAAUUCUGGUCAAACAACAAGCCUUCUACUUUCAAAUUCAAGUAUAUCACAAAUCAGGCCUCCAGAGUUUGACGUUGGCCGACUUCUAUGAUGAGCAACAAACCUAUAGAACGUAUCAAAGCACAGUCCAUUAUUUGGGGAAAUAGUCUGGUUUGCGAUCUUACGCUGUCAGACAAGGUCAGAAAUUAAUCUUUAAAAACACAUAAAUCUGUUUCUAUAGAUGCAGAUGUCACACCAUCUGUGACCUGUAGAGCGACAGCCAGAGUCAUGGCAGCAGUGCCUUCUCUCUUUAAUGUAGUGGCUGGGAAACAACACCUGCGACAUGUUGCUCAGCCACGGUGCUGAGAAACACCAGAGCUGUACGGCCGACUCACCGGGAGGCCAAGAUCUACCGUCGACCAAGGGCUUCUUAAUAAACAUCUUGUUUAAUAAACUAUACAAGAAGAUAAUCUAGUUAAAGUUAAGGCAGAUAACAGAACAAACUGAACGUAAAUGUACGAUUUUCUACUCAUGAUUUAGUCUAAGGCCAUUUCAAGCCCAAUUUAAAUAGUUAGUAAAUGUCAUUGUGAAAAUGGUGCCAGUGUUAUCUGUCGUUAUCCACCAUAAAACCCUCAGUGCUGAGUUCAUGGUCAUUUUAGCUGUUGCAGUAGAGCAACAACAGCUUCCUGGUGUUAUGGCACAGAGCGACCACUAGAUGGCCCACCACACAAAGCAUGGAGUCACACUGUGUCGUUAACCAAACACUGAUAUGUGAGAAUACUGUGACGCACAUGUAGAGGAUGACCGCUCAUGUUGACCAAGAAUAUAUUAAGUGAUUGUAAAUGGUGGUGCAUUAAAUAGUCCAACAAUGACCAUAUAUACUUAUAUGUUUGGCAUUUGGGUUGUUUUCUAUCAAUGUACCUGAUAACAACAGUCCAGUUUGGGCUGCUUGUAGUACAGAGUAUUCAUCACUAGUUACCUACACAGUUCAGUGCGUCACCGCAAAAAGAAUCAUUUAAAAAUACUUUAAGUACAGUACCACCUUCACCUCAUGUUAAGCCAGGUAACACCCUUGCAUGUUAUUCAAACCAUGUCUAAACAUGACAGA